UAGCCAAUUGGAACCGAGCAGGGCGGGGCUGGACUCCGGGACCGGGAGUCUCGUGGAAACAAACAGGCGCAGCCAGCGCGUCUUUCACACUUACCUGCAUCUACUCUUCCCACCCGGCAGGGCGGACGCAGACUCCGAGGGUGACCGGUGACAGGGUGACGCUUGCUCCGCUCAUCAUGGCCUACCCUGGAUACGGAGGAGGGUUUGGAAAUUUUAUCAAUCAGAUGCCAGGAAUGCAGCUUCAGAUGGGACAGCCCGUGCCAGGAACAGGGCCACAAGUGCUCCCUGGUGGACACUCUGGAUACCCUGCUUAUUCGAUCAAUUAUCCCUCAGCAGAAGACCCCAUGUGGACGUACUUUGCUGCUGUUGCUGGACAGGAUGGUGAAGUGGAUGCAGAAGAACUUCAGAAAUGUUUGACACAGUCUGGAAUUACUGGAACUUAUUCUCCCUUCAGCUUGGAAACCUGCAGAAUUAUGAUUGCCAUGUUGGAUAGAGAUUACACAGGAAAAAUGGGAUUUAAUGAAUUCAAAGAACUUUGGACAGCUCUUAAUGCCUGGAAACAAAACUUCAUAACUAUUGAUCAAGAUCAAAGUGGCACAGUGGAGCAACAUGAAUUGAAUCAAGCCAUUGCUGCUAUGGGUUAUAGAUUGAGUCCUCAAACAUUAGCUGCUAUUGUUAAACGUUAUAGCAAGAAUGGCAGGAUCUUCUUUGAUGAUUAUGUUGCUUGCUGUGUGAAGCUUCGAGCAUUGACAGAUUUCUUUAGGAGAAGAGACCACUUGCAACAAGGAGUUGUGAAUUUCAUAUAUGACGAUUUUUUGCAGGGCACUAUGGCAAUUUGAUGCCUAGAAUUUGAAAACUGAAGGAAUACUGUGAAUGCUUCUGCUUGGAAGAAAUGAACUGGACUACUUUAAAUUAAAGCUUUUGGGGCUAUCCUGUGUUUCUACCUGUUAAAUCUUUUCUCUUCAUAAUAUUUAUAGUAGAUCUAGUAUAAUGUGUUUUUAUUUUAGCACACAAUUUAAAGCAAUAAAAGAUGAUUUUUGUAUUUGGGAUGCCUUUGCUUUUAGAAAAGUUAUCACUUUAUGGGGGUAUAUGAUUGAUAUAAGUACCUCUUAACUUUAAUUUUUAAUAAUAUGAACUUGGAGGAAUGUACUUACAAGAUUAUAUAAGAAGCCAAAUGAUGAAAGCCUAGAUAAAAGUCAUUUAUACUUAUCUGAAGGUGAGCUAGAAAGGCAGUCCUGUGCCAUAUUCUUAUUCGCGUUAUCAGAGAACAGAAACUCAUAGCUCUGUAACUGAGAAGAACAUUGUAAUUCCUAAAAUUUUAUCUUAAAUUGCCUUAGGUGGACCAUAAAAUAAUCUAUAGUGAAAUAAGACUACAGGAAGCAUCAUUUUCCUUUCUUAUUCUUUACAUUAUAUAUUUUUCUUCAGUGUGUUUUGUUGUCUUCUCUGGACAGAAAGUUUUUAAUAAACAACUUUUCUCUCUGUACUUUAUUUUCUUGUUGGAGACAAAGAUAACUUAAAAUGGCAUCUUUUUCUAAAUCUAAAUUUUUUGGAAAUUACACCUUUUUAAUGAAAUGUCAACAUUUAAAUUUGUUCUGUUCAACUAAAUUGUUGUUUCUUUAGAAUGCCAACUAUGUAUAAGUUUAAAAAAUCAAGUAAUAUACCACUUUGUUUAAAUGUUCAGAAACUGUGCAUUUGACUUUCUUGACAGCAUUAGCUGGUGGUUUUGUCAGUAGGAAACCAGUGAGUUUUUUGGGCGUAUCUGUAACGUGGGUGCUGAGCAUGGCAGACACCACAGCAGUAUUUCUGAGGGGUAUUACUAUGGGAAGUGCAGAGUUGGGCCACCAAGUUUUUAGCCUUUCAGAUCACUGGUAUAAGCUGUUACAGUUAAUCCAGCCCCAUUUUUGGCAACACCUUAAGUCUUUCUUAAUGAAGAUUUCAUAAACAUACUUUAACUGAAUAUCUUCUCCAACUUAAAGGUGAAUACAUCCCAAGAUCCCCAGUGGGUGCCUGGAACCUAUUAUAGAAGUUCAUAACUCUAUCUAUUCCAUGUUAUUUUCCUAUAGGCAUAUACCUAUGAUAAAGUUUAACUUACAAAUUAAACUUUGUAUUAACAACAGUAAGUAUAAAAUAGAACAUUAUAACAAUAUACUGUGUUAAAAGAAAUGUGAAUGUGGUCUUUGUCUUUCUUGAAAUCUUGCACUACACACGCAGCAAAGAUAUGCUGAGCGAAGGGAUGAUUCCCAGCCCAGGAGGGAUGGACGGGGACACUCCAGGUUUCUUCACAGAACUCUGAGCAGCAUGCAAUUUAAAACAUGAAUGGCGUAUUGCUGGAAUCUUCUAUUUUCUAUUUUCAAACCACAACUGACCUUAGAAAUAAACUGUAGAUAUUGGGGGCAAUACUGUACAAAUGGAUAUAACUUGAGUAUGGCUGUGACCAAAUUAAUAUAUAGUUUUUAUGAAACUGUAUUUCUUAAAAAAUGAAGGGUGAAUAGUAGUAUCUUGAAAAAAGCCAUUUUAUAAACUUACAGACUUUUAAAUUUUACCUUUUAAAAAAAUUCUGGAAAGG